AUGUUGGGUCCCGGGAUCAUCGUCGUUAUUUCAAGUGCAUCUGCCGUGAAAGAACUGCUUGACAGGCGCAGUGCGAGCACGGUCGACAGGCCACCGAUGUUCCUGGCUCAAGAAGUAACCGGUGGACUUAACAUGGUUCUGGCGCGCCACUCGGAACAGUGGCGCACCAUGCGCAAGGCAGCUCAUACUAUGUUAACACCCCAGGCGACCACGAGGUAUAUGCCCGACUUCCGUUCGUUCCACCUGUCACUUAUCGUCGUCAUAGCGCGUUACUCGAACUCGGUGAUACUUUCCGUCUUGUACGGAAAACGAUCUCCGAGGUACGAGACAGAAGAUACCACUACCUUUUUUCACGUUCAACGACGUUGGGAGCAAGCGCUCGAGCUCGGAGCGCAUCCACCCGUCGACAUGUUGCCUUUCCUGAGAUACGUCCCGGAGAGGUGGGCGCUCUGGAAGCGAAUUAGUCGUGAAAUAAGGGAGGUCCAGAGGGGUCUGUAUAUGAAGCUUCUGUGCGAAUGCGAAGAACGGAUCAGGAGCGGGACGCAAGAUGGAAUACCGACAUUUAUGGAUGAAGUCAUCAAACAGCAGGACGAGCUUGGAAUGACGAGAGAGAUGGCUUGUUACCUUGGAGGAACACUGAUCGAGGGGGGAAGCGAUACCACAUCAUAUUCACUUCAGUCGUUGGUCCUUGCGUUGACGGCUUUCCCUGAGGCACAGAGAAAAGCGCAGGAAGAGAUCGACAGGGUGGUCGGAAGCGACAGAAUGCCCAAUUUAUCGGAUUUCGAGAUGAUGCCGUAUCUACAAGCUUUGAUCAAGGAAACCCAUAGGUUCCGACCGCCAGCGACAUUGAUCCCACACAGAGCCAUGCAAGACGAACGUUACGGUACCUACCUCAUACCUGAAGGCACCACGAUUAUGAUGAACAUUUGGGGCAUAUAUCACGAUCCAGACGCAUUCGACGACCCGGAGAGCUUCCAACCAGAGAGAUAUCUGAAGACCGAGUUCGGCACGAAACGGGGAGUUGAUGUAAACGACUGGAGACGCACACUGCUCUUCGGCGCUGGGAGGCGAUUGUGCCCUGGGAUAAGCCUCGCCAACAAUACCAUGAAGAUUAUUACGAUGAACCUUGUUUGGGGGUUCGAUUUCAGACAGUUGCCUGGAAGGUCCCCUGUUGAUAUAUGGUCAUAUUCAACGGGUGCUUUGAUGGGGCCAGAGCCUUAUGAAUUGUCCAUCACUCCUAGGUCUUUGGAACGCGCUGCAAUCAUGGAACAGGGGUUCAAAGAUGCCAUCCCGCUGUUCGCGCCGUACGAGCAGAGGUUGUCUCCAGGCGAGAAAGAAUGGUUGUAUAACACUAGGAAG